AAACCCCAAUUGGUGGCGCAGACGUACUACACUGGAGCGAUGCCUUGUCCUCAUCAGUAUUAUUGCGUUGAUCGCAGUGAUUGGUCUAGUCAUUGGACUAGUUUCUGUAAUACUCUCAAAUCGUUUGGCCGAAGAGCUCAAAACACCCACAAACCCACCAGAGGCGCUGCAAGGCUCCAGUAAACCGACAGACAAUGAAGUCAUUAUCACACCACAAAAGUCACCCAAGGAUGAUGUCUGUCUCUCAGUCGAGUGCAUACACACCGCUUCGGCGGUAUUAAGUAAAAUGAAACCGGAGAUCGAACCCUGUGAUGACUUCUAUGAAUUCGUGUGCGGCACUUACAUUGAAGAGCAGCUGAUACCCGACGACAAAGAUUCAUUGAAUACAUUCUCGUUGAUUUCCGAUAAAUUGCAUGAACAACUAAAGGAAAUUGUCACCGAAGAACGGCCGAAGAGUGAGCCCAAUCACUUCCAGCUGCCGAAUGCGCUUUAUAAGGCGUGUAUGAAUAAAUCUCUGAUUGAACAACUGGGUGCGGCGCCUAUUGCAAAUAUUGCCAAGUCUCUGGGUGGCUGGCCAGUGAUUGAGGGCGAUUCGUGGAAUGCGGAUAACAGUUGGAGCUGGCAGGAGACUGUGAAGAAAUUCCGUAAAUUGGGCUUUAGCAUGGACUAUAUUAUUGAUUUCUCGAUCAGCGUGGAUUUGAAGAACAGCACAACGCGUAUUAUUGAUGUUGAUCAAUCGGCUAUUGGCUUGAGCCGCGAAUAUCUGGUCAAGGGUUUCAAUGAGACGCUGGUGAGCUCCUACUAUGACUACAUGGUCGAUAUGGCUGUGCUGUUUGGCGCUGAUAAGGAAAGAGCGAAGCGCGAAUUGCGUGAGUCGCUCGAAUUCGAGAUCGCAUUGGCUAAUAUCUCCUGGCCAGCUGAGAAGCGCCGCAACACCAACGAUCUCUACAACAUACGCACGCUGAAGCAACUGCAAGCAACGUAUCCCUAUGUUCAGUGGGUGGACUACACGAACGCUCUGCUGCCGGAUAAAAUUCAAGUGAAUGAAGAUGAACCUGUGAAUCUCUCGGUGCCUAGUUUCUUUGACGAAUUAGGCCCAUUGUUGGCGCGCACACCCGAUCGCGUGAUUGCCAAUUAUAUGAUGUGGCGCAUACACGCCUUCUCUGUGGUCUUCCUCUCGGAACAAUUCCGCAAGCGACAACUACAAUAUGCGACCGCUUUGUCGGGUCGCCAGGAGCAGGAGGCGCGCUGGAAGGAAUGUGUCGACAUCACCAGUGGCAGCUUGGCCAUUGCCGUUGGUUCGCUGUACGUGCGCAAGCACUUCAAACAGGACUCCAAGACCAUUGCGCUGGAUAUGGUGGAACAAAUUCGUGGCGUGUUCGAUAAUAUACUCAGCGAAGUCGAUUGGAUGGACGAGGCUACAAAGUUGGAGGCUAAGAAGAAGCUGCAUUCGAUGACCACACACAUCGGCUAUCCGGACGAGAUGUUGGACAACUCGAAAUUGGAGGAAUACUAUCGUAAUUUGGAAAUCGAUCCCAGCAAGUAUUUUGAAUCCUUCCUGAAGCUGAAUGUUUUCGGCACAGACUACUCGUUCAAUAAGCUACGUUUGCCGGUCAACAAGACCGAUUGGGUGCGUCAUGCCCGGCCAGCGGUUGUGAAUGCCUACUAUUCGUCCAUCGAGAAUAGCAUACAAUUCCCCGCUGGUAUUCUGCAAGGACACUUCUUCAAUGCUGCGCGUCCCAAGUACAUGAAUUACGGUGCUAUCGGUUUUGUUAUUGGUCACGAGAUUACACACGGCUUCGAUGAUCAGGGUCGUCGUUUUGACUUGCAGGGCAACUUGCUGGACUGGUGGGCAGAGAACACACAGAAGUCAUAUUUGGAUAAGGCGAAGUGCAUUAUUGAACAGUAUGGCAACUACACGGAUUUGCAGACAGGCAUGCAUCUCAAUGGCAUUAAUACACAAGGUGAAAACAUCGCCGACAAUGGUGGCGUGAAGGAGUCCUACAAAGCUUACCGCCAAUGGGUGGCCAAGAAUGGCCCCGAACCGAAAUUGCCCGGCUUAGAUUACACACCCGAGCAGAUGUUCUGGAUUUCGGCGGGUCAAACUUGGUGUUCGAAAUAUCGUACAGAAACGCUUAAAAUGCGCAUCACCACCGGCGUGCAUUCGCCCUCGCAAUAUCGCGUCAUGGGCACAUUUAGCAAUAUGAGAGACUUUGCGCGCGAUUUCAAUUGCCCCGAAGGCUCCCGAAUGAAUCCGGCACAAAAGUGUGUGGUGUGGUAGGCAAAAGGCAAAGCAGUGCAGCAGGGGCAGCAGGG